AUGUUAGAUCCAUCCAAGCGCAAGAAAGCCUUUUCGCCCAAGGUUCGCACAGGAUGCGACGUCUGCAAAAAGCGGAGGAUAAAGUGUGAUGAAGCCAAACCGAGAUGUUUCCGGUGCAAACGAAGAGGUCUUCAAUGUCACUACAGUGCUCCGAAGGUGUGGAUCUUCGAGGCUCAUUCGAGCACCCAAGAACUUGGUGCCGUCGGACCUUCAGCCAGCUUUCAGGUGCUGGCACCCGUUUUCGAUGACACUACACAUGCAGAGGAGCGACAGGCAUUACAAUUCUUCGUGUCCAGCAUCGCACCGUGGAUGGCGGACCAUGGUGCACCAAACGCGCGUGGUUUUUGGGUUGCUACGGUGCCAAAGAUGUACCACGCGGUUCCCGCCACGAGGCAUCUGGUCACGGCACUUGGUUUGCUGGAAAUGCGAAUUGCGAAUACUGGCAGCGACGUGCUGAUCCAGCGCAGCAUGAAGAUCACCCAGCACUAUACCAAAGCACUACACGAGAUGGCUUCGCCGGCAGCGAACCGUGAUGAUAUGGCUGUUGGACCAAUACUUGCUUGGCUGCUAGAGGUUUUCAUGAACAAUGGCCCGAGCGCCGCCAUACACGCACACGCCGCCAGGAAGCUGGCCCCUGAGAUGCGGAACGGUAGGGGUGGGAGUGGUGUCCCUCAGUGUGAGCUCGACGCCGUGAUCUUCAACAUGCUCCGAUCCCGCGCUCUACGCGGAAGAUGCGACCUCCAGCCCUGUCAGGACACGUAUGUGGCCGAAGCUGUCACCUGGCGCAACAAACCCAUCGAAAAGAAGUCGACGGUCGAGAUUCGGCGAGCAUUCGAGGAUUACUUUGAGAAGUUCUCUCCUCAAACCAUGACAUCAGAUGAUGUUGUGGCCGCGGAAGAGUUCAUAACUAGAUGCGAAUCAGACAUCCUGGCCAACGCCUACCUUUCAGACGAGGCCUCGGUUACAUUCAGUGCGCUGCACUUCUUGUGCAUGCUGUCAAUGUUCGUUCUGCCUCAAGACAUUGUCAAGUACUUCCCUGGUACUGCCAGUGUCGCGUGUGGCUUGGAUUUUGUGCUGGAGAGUUGUGAGAAUAUGCUCGAGUUACGUCUGCCCAGGCAAUCCGACCAGGAGUCGUUACAGGAGAUAGUAGGGUUGAAUAUCCAUGUGCUCGGCCUCUUUGCUCCAAAGGGGUGGCAGAGGCGCAGAAGCGAUAGACUGAUACGAGUGGCUUGCAUGAGUCGCAAGUCUCUGAAGUCGAUUCGCGAAACGCGUUAG